UAGCUAUCUCAAUAUAAUAAAAUAACUGCAUCAACAGCUUCCUUCAAGACUGAUUCCUAACAAAAGUACAUGUAACAAACAAUCCAAGUUUAACAGCAGCCUUUAUUUGUAGUCAGACACUGACACCAUGUGGCUGAUCUCUCAUAUGAUCGUGUGUUUGGGUGGAGCAGCAGAUGAAUGAAUUAUCAUAGACAAACAUACAACACAUAACCAGUGAGCGCUGUAUGACACACACACACAAUUUCCAGUGUCCCUUAUAUGUACUCCCUUAUUUGGACGUCAUUUUUAGUCUGAUACAGACUAUACAACGCGACGUCAAAACAUUUUCUGAUGAAUGCAGUUUGGUCAAAUAAACGUACGAGUGCUUUGUUAUUGGAGACACUGAUGUAAUUCAGGACAUUGGUAACAGGUAAACCCGUCCUCCAUGCGGCGCUCUACGUACAGACGUAAACACGUGCCGUUCCUGCUCACAGGUUUCUAUUCACUUCUCCAUCCCUCUCCUCCCGCAUCAUUCAGCAGCAGAGAUGGCGGAACUCGCCUCAGUAGCGCAUUCUCCGGCCGUGAGCCCGAGCUCCGAGCCUCCGUCAGGCGCGCACUCUCCUACAGCAGGCGGAACACAGCGGCUCCUUUUUACGCAUGACCUGGUCUACGGAAAACACCGCGGGGCGAUGCGUUUCGGGCUCGUACGGAUGAUUCACGGUGAAGAGGAUUUCGAAGAUUCGGACUCCGAGAUUGGCGGUGAUGGCGGAGGGAGAGGAGGAGGAGGAGGUGGUGGUGGCGGCGGCGGAGAAGGUGGAGGCACUCCCGGUAAUUCAGACAACGAGAGUGGGGCGGCGGACACACGGUCAUGGCCUCUCGGUAGAGGAUUCGUGCGGGUUCAGUGGUAUCCUGAAGGAACGAAGCAGGAUGUUCGGGAAACGAAGCUGAAACUUGAAGAUCGAUCCAUUGUGCCUAGAGACUUUGUCCGGAGAAUGAGUUCAAAUGAUAAACAGUGUGGCAUUGUGACUAACAUAAACACCGAAUGUGCAGUGAAACUUGUAGGGACCAACUGUGCUCUAUAUCCUGUAAAUAGCAAAGACCUGCAGCAUGUCUGGUCUUUUAUGUAUGGUGACUACAUUGUAUAUGACUUCUGGCUUGGAAAGGUGUACGAUCUCAGCAUCCAAAUCGUUGUGAAGCUUUCCAAUGGUGCACGAUGCUCUAUGAGUGAGGAAGACGGUGCAAAACUCUACGAUAUUUACCCUCACAUCAGUGAUGUGGGUUUGUUCUUUGAUGAUGCCUAUGGGUUCUAUCCCGGUCAGGUUUUGAUCGGGCCAUCAAAGGUUUUUGCUAAUGUGCAAUGGCUGUAUGGUGUGAAGCCAGUUCUCAGUAAGAAAAGCAAGUUCAGAGUUGUUGUGGAGGAGGUUCAGGUAGUGGAGCUAAAAGUGACGUGGAUUACGAAAAGUUACUCUCCAAAGGGGUCAGACAGUGUCUUCCCACCACCAUCAACCAUCACACAGGAGAAUCUUUGCAGGGUGAAGCGACUUGGCUACUUUGAUCAUACUCAAAGGCAGCUUGGAGAGAGAGCCUUGUAUGUGUUUCCUGCCAAGAGUGAAACUACACGGAUCACCUGUGAGGGGCCAGAUGGGGCAUCUGCUCAUCCUGAGGACCCUGUUGUUCGAAAGUUAAAAAGAAUGUUUAAAAAGGAAGUGGGAAAGAAAAUUACAGAAAAUGCAGACACACAGAGUAACAAUUCAACAGAGAAAAUGGAUGGCAUGGAAGGUGAAAAGAGAUCAGUGCAGGAACAGGACUGUCCUGAUGAUAAUUCUGUUCCAUGCUACCCCAACAAUGGUGCUGUUCCAUGCCAGGAUGCUCUAGAGGAGGGAAAAGAGCCACUGGAUGUUCUUCAGGGACAAUGUGCCCAUUUGGGGGAACAAGAGUCAGAUGAGGAGCCAGGGGAUGAUACAGAUGAUACCAGUUCUGUCACUUCCUCUGCCAGCUCAACAGCCUCACUGCAGAGUGGCCCAACCCGAAAAAAGAGCAUCCCCCUCUCUAUACGCAACCUAAAGAGAAAGCACAAGAAGAAGAGAACGAAGUUUUCACGCGAGUUUAAACCAGGAGACAGGGUGGCAGUUGAGGUUGUCUCCACUGUAACUUCUGCAGAUGUAAUGUGGAAGGAUGGUAGAUUAGAGACAGGGAUCCGCUCCAAUGACCUGAUCCCUAUCCAGCACCUGGACAACCAUGAGUUCUGCCCUGGAGACUACGUUGUAGACAAACGAUCCCAGGCUUUUCAGGAUCCAGGCAUCUAUGGAGUGAUUCAGUCAGGUGACCAUAAGGCCAGAACCUGUGUAGUCAAGUGGGUCAAACUGAAUGCUGCAGGCGACGAUGUUGAGGUGAUUGGGGAAGAGGAGGACGUUAGUGUUUAUGACAUUGCUGAUCAUCCAGAUUUCCAUUUCCACACAACGGAUAUUGUCAUAAGGAUUGGCAACUCUGACACAGAGGACUGUGAAAAUGAGAGAUCUGUUGGCCAAGUGUGCAGGGUGGAUCUGAGCAGUAAAGUGGAGGUUGUGUGGGCUGAUAAUUCUAAGACAAUUGUCCUGCCACAGCACUUGUAUAAUGUCGAGUCUGAGAUUGAAGAAACAUAUUAUGACUCUGCAGAGGGCAGCAGUAGUGGUGCCUCAUCUGAAGAAUGGGAAGAUGAGAGUGAUAGCUGGGAGACAGAUAAUGGGCAAGUGGAAGAGGAACCAGGUGCUGGGGAAACCAUCCCAGACUCCUCCCCCAUUACAGGUGCCACUGCUGAUGGCAAAACCCAUGGCGUGCAUGCCUCCACGACUACAGACUCACCAGGAGCUGUCCCCACUCCUGAACUUCCUGGAGGUGGAGGUGGAGCUGCACCUGAAGAGAAACCCAGUAAAGAGACUCCGCCACGUGGCUUCCGUGAGCUUAAAGAAGCCCUGAAAAUUUUGGAAAGUUUAAAGAACAUGACUGUUGAGCAGCUCUGGACCGGAUCACCGACCUCUCCCACUGCCGAACCAUCAGCCACAAGUGCUGCCACAACCCCCGCCGAUGCCAAACCCACGAAAGAAAAACGCUUUUUGGAUGACAUUAAGAAACUUCAGGAGAACCUGAAGAAAACUCUAGACAAUGUGGCCAUUGUAGAAGAAGAUAAAAUGGAGGCUGCCAUUGAGGAGGAAAAAGUGACGGCGCCAGUGCUAGCUGAACCACAGACGCCUGUGCGUUCUGAGUGGCCUAGUGACACGCCAGUUUUGUGUCAGCAGAGUGGAGGCAAACCGGGUGUCACCUUCACCAGUGCUAAAGGGGAAGUGUUUUCUGUUUUGGAAUGGGCACCAGACACCCACUCGUUUAAAAAAAUGGAGUUCCAGCCAGCAGAGGCAAAGAAGUUCUUUAGCACUGUAAGGAAAGAAAUGGCCCUGCUGGCCACCUCUCUGCCUGAUGGCAUCAUGGUGAAGACUUUUGAGGACAGAAUGGACCUUUUCUCAGCUCUCAUUAAGGGCCCUAACCGCACUCCCUAUGAGGACGGACUCUUCCUUUUUGAUAUCCAGCUUCCUAAUAUAUAUCCUGCUGUUCCUCCUCUCUUCCGUUACCUCUCUCAGUGCAGCGGGCGACUUAACCCAAACCUCUAUGACAAUGGGAAGGUUUGUGUCAGUCUUCUUGGCACCUGGAUUGGAAAGGGUACUGAAAGAUGGACAAGCAAAUCCAGUCUGCUGCAAGUGCUUAUCUCUAUACAAGGUCUGAUCCUGGUCAACGAGCCAUAUUAUAAUGAGGCUGGCUUUGAUAGUGACCGAGGCCUUCAGGAGGGUUACGAGAACAGUCGCUGCUACAAUGAGAUGGCACUUAUUAAGAUGGUACAGUCAAUGAUUCAACUUCUUCAGCAGGCUGUGGAGGUCUUUCAGCAGGAGAUCUGUGAGCACUUUGCCUGCAGCGGCUGGCGACUGGUCCGUCGGCUGGAGUCCUGGCUAGAGUUGGAUGAGGCAGUGACUGACCGUGCUUUACGUUGUGGUGUAAGCAGCCUCCAUGGAGAACCUCUGGAAGAGAUCCCGUCAGCUCUGGCCUACAGCAGCCCAAGCAAGCAGGAUGUGCGAAGUGAAGAGGAGCUCGAGGACUCUGGUCUCAGUCCCUCCACAGUGGGGCCUAGUGGGCCUCCUGGUUCAGAUGGGCAGCGGGACCUGAGCCAGAAUUCUGAGUAUGAUAGUUCAGUUGUGGGUGGUGCAGGAUCAGAAAUACCAGAAGGUUCUGAAGAGGUGUUGGGUUUUGUGACAUCACAACAAAGUGUAAAACCGUAUCAGGAGUCUCAGCCGGUUGUAAGACCAAAGAAACGGAGAAAGAGCUAUCGCAGCUUCCUUCCGGAGCGCAGUGGCUAUCCAGAUAUUGGAUUCCCACUCUUCCCUCUUUCCAAAGGCUUUGUGAAGAGCAUGCGCGUAGUUUUGCAGCAGUAUCGAGCUACUCUCACAGCUGCUGGUAUUCCUGAAAACAAAUAAUUGCCCUCCAGCGUAAUUUUCCCCUUUUUUUUCUCCCAUUUUUUUCAACCCAAGAGCUACACUUUUACCCUUUAAUCCUUUGUCCAGGAUCUUGGAUCUGCUCAUCAGGCCGCUAAUGUUCCUAGCAGCCUUUGUUAAUUGCUUUGUAACACAUCUGUAGUUGCUUCAUUUUUUUGUUGCCUCUCAUUGGUCAUAGGGUGGCAGCACACAUUAUUUGUUUCUAUUAAAACAAUGUUGAAAUUUCAUAUGCUUCUAUCUUGUUUCCUUGACAACCACCCUUCCGCCACACUGCUCUCUCAGGGAAGUAUGGACAAAACAGAUGGAUGUGAGACUUUAGGAGAUAUUGAGGCAUGACUGAAGCUUUUGUUGUGUUGUGACUUUUCAAGAUUUGUGGGUAUAAACCGUACUAGAGGGAUUGGAUUUAUUGUGCCAUGGGAUGCUCCAAAUGGUCUUAGGCAUUGUCAUUUGCUACUAUGGGGAGGACAGAAACUUUUUUUUUGAUGGGAUCAUCAUCAAACUCUCACCACAUAAUGGUUUGCACAAGUUGAAGGAAGUUCAUUUGCAGAAAAAAAUAAGGAUGCUAUUUUCAAUUUUUCCAAAAAGUUUCAGAUCAGAUGUGUGAUUGUUGUCCUUGGUUAAUCAAAUAAUUAUAUUUCCCAGCAUGGCUUGCUCUCUGGUUCAUAUUUUCAUGUUAGUGGGCUAACAUUGCAUUGCUUUUCAGUCUUGAUCAGUAUCAUCAUUCUUUUAAAAGUGUUGGUGACUUGCUUUUUAAUCCAAAAAAGUAAAAGUGAUACAACUGCCCAGUCAUCCAUACUGUACAGACCCUGAUCAUUCCUGCUGGUGUUUUGCACAGAAAUCACAUGAAAGUUGAGUGUCAAGUUUACAUUUAAAAAUAACAAAGCAACCAGACACACUAAACUAUCUGACUCAAGAAACUGGAAUCUAACAUCCACUUUCUCUGUCCCUCCACCUCCAAGGCACAACAGAGAAAGAUUUUCAACAUUAACUAUUGUUCUCUGUACAGUACAUUAUUUAAAUCUUUUCUUACACUUUUGCCAUAAAUGCAUACAUAUCAUGAAUCCAGUUUACAUGUGUGUAAAUAUACAAUGGGACCUUUAGUAUGUGGCAGGUCAGUCUUCUAGGGGUCUGUUUGACCGGUCCUGAGAGUCUUAAUUAAACAAAUUACUUUAAGAGGUUUAGCAGCCAGGAUUCAGACGUUUUGAGCUGAGUUUGCAUGAAGGUUUCUUGUAUGAAUACUGAUAAGUUCGACUGGUCACAUCCCUAACUCUUUCCUCUGACCAACAUUGUUGCCUUAAAACUGAUUUCAAGCUUGACCCUAGGUUCCCCUAUUUACCGCAUUAUACCUGUCAUUUUCUAUUAAGGGGCCCAGUCAGUCGCACUAGUUAUGAUGGAGAGGUGUAAAUGUUACUAAUUAUUUUCACAAGCACAAUUCAAGAAGUCGUAUUCUUUAGACAACUGUGAAAUGGUUUGUUUGUAUAUUUGCCUAUCUGAAAUUGCCUCUC